AUGGACUCCAUCCUCCAUGUGGUUGCGUCCAGCGGGGACAACGAAAUGUUCUUGGAGAGCGCAAGAGUGAUUCACAGCAAGGCCAAGCUGCACAACAAGCACCCUCUAGACGUCGUCAAUGACAAGGGCGACACGCCCUUGCAUUGCGCCGCCAGAGCUGGGGGGAUCCAUAUGGUCUCUCAACUCAUCGACCUGGCAAGAGCUGAGGGCGGUGGUGACGGCGAUGCGAGGGUGCAGGCAGUGCUGAGAAAGAAGAACAAGCGAGGUGAGACGGCCCUGCAUGAGGCCCUCCGCUUGGCCGACGUGAAGAUGGUGAAGGCAAUGGUCGACAGGUUGAUGUUGGCGGAUUCAGAACUGGCUCGUCAUGGCGACGGCACCUCGCCGUUGUACCUGGCCGUCUCGUUAGAACAUUACGAUAUUGCGAAGCAACUGCACGAAAAGGACAAGGAGCUGUCCUACUCUGGACCAGAUGGACAAAAUGUCUUGCAUGCCGCAGUUCUCAGGAGCAUAGAGAUGACAGACACGCUACUACAAUGGGACAAGGACCUCAUCAAACAAGGGGAUGGAAUCAGCGGAAUCACGCCUCUGCACUUUGCAGCAGCAGCUACAGAACGCUUGGUUCGUGGAAGUACGGUGAUCAGAUCGCUGAUAAAUUCUGACAGAUCUUCGGCAUAUCAGCGCGACAAAAACGGGUCACUUCCCAUACACGUAGCAGCCAUGGGAAGCAACAACUCCUUGGGAAUAUGUAACUACAAAAUAGUUCGCGUCUUUCUCGAAGAGUGCCCCGGGUGCGCGGAGCUACGAGACGCCCAGGGCAGAACCUUCCUCCACGUCGCCGUCGACUACAACAACUCCAUUUUAGUUUGGCUUGUUGCUAUGUUUUAUGUACGACGUCAGGAGACGGGGAGGUUUGCAGCGAUCACGAAUAUGCAGGACGAUGAAGGCAACACCGUGCUACACCGUGCUGUCCUAGCCGGGAGUUUAAUGACCUUCUAUUGUUUACUGUGGAACAAGGAAAUUCAGUUAAAUUUACCAAAUAACAAGGGGCAAACUCCGCUGGAUCUUUCACAGACGCCCCCUAUACCUCUUCUGUAUCGGCUGUUUGCUGGUGGUAAAUAUGGUGCUCACAGCCGUGAAAACCAUGGCCCUAAAACAGAUGAGAAUUCGAAGGAGGCAGAGAAGAGCUCGGAUUCCAUUGAUCAGGAGAAGCAAGCAAAGAAGCUGACCUCGGAUUCCAUUGAUCAGGCGAAGCAAGCAAAGAGGCUGACCUCGGAUUCCAUUGAUCUGGCCAAGGAAGAAAAGAAUAUCUCGGAUUCCAUAACGACAUUGGGUGUUGUAUCAGCGCUACUCGUAACGGUUUCAUUCGCAGCAGCUUUCACCAUACCUGGUGGAUACCGAUCAACCGAAGAACGCCAACCGAUCGUUGGCGCGCCGCUGCCUGCCGGCACGCCGAUCCUCGCCAAGGACGACUACUUCGAGGGGUUCGUCGUGGGCAACAACCUCUCGUUGCUUUGCGCCGCCCUGGCCACCAUCAGCCUCGUGUACGCUGGAUGGAGCGAGGUAUACAUCCGCAUGCGCAUGUCUGCCUUCGUCUUCUCCAUCUUCUUCAUCCACAGCUCGAUCCGGAGCCUGGCUGCCGCGUUUGCGCUCGGCACGUACACGACACUGGCUCCGGUUGCUCGCGCAACUGCUAUUCUUACAUGGAUGGGCAUGACCUUCACCUUCCUUGAUGUUGCUGGAUGGGUGUGCAUGACAGCUGCAGGAGAAUUGGUGCUGCUUCUUAGGCUGUGUACCAGCGCAUGCUUCAAGUUUGCAGAAAUCAUCGUCUCCAUCUUCUUGUGGGCGUUUUGGCCCUACAUAAUAAUCCUCGGUACGUUAGCAUAUUACAAGAUCUACACAAUCCAGUGA